GUCAUUUUUUAACGAUCUUAUCUGGCACACAAAAAAAAAACGAAAACAACGGGAAGUAAAUAAUGGGAGGGCUUUAUGAACUAACUUGCAUUGACAAAAGAGUCUGAUAGGAGUAUUAUCAAUUAUGAGAGUGUUAAAAUGACCGAACGUCGUCCAAUAAGGAAUCGUAAAUCUGUCGACUACUCUUUUGAUAGUGACUCAGAUGAUGAUUUUGCUAACAGCACACCUCCACCACCUAAAAAACAGAAAGCAACAAAAACGUCAGACAAAAAUACUAAAAUAAAAGAUCAAAACUUUGCCACUGAAGUUGAGAAAUUAGCAACAAAAAGUUCUGAUCCUUCCAAAAAAAUAAGAACUCCAUUGUCUGAAAAGGUUUAUGAAAGGGAGUUACAAAAGGCAUUACAGUUGUCACUUUGUGAUGCCAAACAGAUUGAAGAAGUGGCUGUUGUUCAUACUUAUAAGAAUUCUGACCACAAAAAUGCCAAUAACAUUAAAACAAGGGAGACAAAUUUACAUCCAAUUUCAACUAUUUUAGAAAAAAAUCUUAUGUCAGAAAUUUCAUCAACUCAUGAUGAAUCAUCUUUUAUAAACACUAAAAGUCAACCUUCUUCUAGUACAAAACUAAUUGGAACUGUAAUGGAUGAAAGUAUUGAGGUCCUAGAAGAGUCCAAUUCUAAGAAGCUGCCACAGAGACAAUCUAAAAAAACAAACAUUGCUGCAACCAAGAAACCAGUAUCAUCUGAAGAUGACAGUGAAGAAUUUGAAAAUGAGAGUGAUGAGGAAAGUGAUUAUGAUGAAGACUUGAGUGAUGAAGACUUUGGUAAGAAGAAAAAAACUGCAUCAAAAACCAAAGCUCAGUCUUCAAGGUCAAAGUCCACAAAGACUAUAAAAAAUGUAACGCCCACCAAGUCAAAAAAACCAAAACAGUCAAAGCCCAUAGAAAUUAUGACGAACACUCUAUGUUCUGAGACUAAUAAAAUAGCAGCUAGCUCAGUAGUAGUUUCAUCUGAGAUCAAGUCAGAGUCCUUCAGUUUAUCUCCAGCUAGAAGAAAAAACACCCAGACCUUUGCCAGUAUGCCAGCAGUCAAACUGGUCAACCCACCAACCGUUCUCAGCUCCAGCUGGAAGCCACCAGCCUUAGCCAGUAAAGGAUGCUCUAACAGUGUACCCACAGUUAAGUCACCUACAACAGGGCUACGUCUCGGCCUUUCCAGAAAUCAAAAUCUCAAACCUUUGCACAAAUCUUUUAAAGUUAUGUAAACAAAUGUUUAGUCAAUAAUUUCAAAGUUUAUGUAUAAGUUUAUUAUCAAUGGUGAAAUAGAUGGAAGAAAACAAGAGACUAAUGACCUCCAAAUGAUUGUAGUUUAGAAUGUUUAGAUCAGAGUGUACAGAAACUGUUUUAAGUCUUUGUCUUACAUUUUUAGACUGUAUUCAUUUUUCUUUACAAUGUUCAUUUGAAAUGGUUAAGUGUUUGUUGAUUUUUUAAAAGAAAUAACCACUUCAUUAUCGAGAUUGAGAUCUUUUUUUAUAUAGCGUAGAAAAUUUUAUUUUCAUUGUUUUACAUUAUGAAACAUUUUAUUUUUUAAAAAUUUGUCUUUCAUCUUAUUUUUAUGUAAUACUUUUGUUUUUAAUGACCUACUUUUAGUAAUCCAAAUGUUAAUUAUUGUGACUUUUUUUUUAAUUUGUGACAAUAAAUGUCCACUUUUUGUCCAAAAUUUAUUUCUCUGUUUACACAUCUCCUACAAUUCGCUGUUUUCUAGAUUAUGUUUUGAAAAGGAAAAGAAUUUCCUUUAAGUUUAAAACUUGGAAUUAUUUAAUUACAUUAAAGUAAUACAAAGCUUUGCUUUUCAUUUUAUCCUAGUUGAAUAUACUUGUGUAAAUAAAGUUGCAUUUUUUUUGGUACAAAUGUAGAGAAAUGGGAAAGUAAGAUUAGAAUGUUUCCUUGCUAAGUAUUGUUCAGCUAUUCUCAUUUAAUUUUGAAUUUUAUUUAGGCAUAAUUGUAAUUUUCUUUCUAUAAUAUUCAUGUUUUUGCCAUGUAUAAAAAUGACAAAGUUAUCAACAUACAGCGAGCAUUCUAUGCCUGGGGACAGAGCCUUUAUAAUGCUGUUGAUUGAGGAACGGAUAGUGGAUUUCUUCUUCUCCGUGCACUGUGCCAUUUGUUUUGUUCAACGAGUCCCUCAGCUCUUCAUGUAAGAACGGGAUGUCUUUCCUCCCUGGUUUUAAUUUUUUGGAAUUCUGUCGUGUAGUGUGCAGUGUAUGAUUUAUCUGCUAUUGAAGAUGCAAGGCAGUCAGCUAUAUAUCUGGGUGAUGUAACAGUUCGUCCUUGGUUUUUCAAAUGUCUUGUUGCAUUUGAUUCUUUCCCUUUGAUCCGCCUUACUGCCUUCCAACCCGUUCAAGCUGAAUGAUUGGCAUCCAGACUGCCGACAAAAUUUCUCCAAGAAUUCCCUUUGGCUCACUGUAUGGUUUGUCUAGCCUUCGCUUUAGCUAUCCUGAAUGGCUUUAGAUUUUCAUGGGAAGGAUCCUUUAUAAAUGCAGCCAGUCGUUUUUCCUAUCGCCAAUAGCAUUUUUGCAAGCUGCACGAAACCAUGGUUUGCUAGGCCGUUUUUGGAUUCGCCAAAAGGGGUACAACUUUCCUAGCAAUAUCAAGUAGCUAGCUAGCAAAAAUAUCAGCUGGAUUCUGUUCAUUAACAAUAUUUCUGUGAUAUCCUGGGAGCAUCUUUCUUGAAAUUGUUCCCAAUCAGCUUUAUUCAGCUUCCAACGCUGAGGUCGUUCCAGUGAGGGGAGAUUGUUAGCAAUGAUGAUUGGGUUGUAGUCACUUCCCCAUAGGUCAUUACUUUCUGGCUAUUUGAAGUCGUCCAGGGACGCAUACGGUGUGGUCAAUGCAGACGACAGAUCCCGUUCCUGGAUGCAAGUAAGUCGAUGAUCAUGUUGGAGGAAGAUAUCCUCAUACGACCUCUUGUGCAAGUAUUGAUGGAUCCUCACAUAGUGUUAUGGACAUUGAAGUCUCCAAGGAUUAUAUAGGGCCGAGGGAGCUGUUCUAUGAGAUUCUCAAUCUAUUAGAUUCAAUGGAGCGCCUUGAGGUACAUACAAGCUGCAGAAAGUGAUAACCUUGUGUGUAGAGUCAUUCUAGCUGCUACGGCCUGUAGUGUGGUUUGCAGCUCUACCCUCUUAUGUGGGAUGCUGUUCUUCACAAGGAUACAGACUACACCUGAUGCUCUCUCCGAAUCUUCAACAGUCCUGUUGUAUGUAAUGUAACUGCAGAAACGAAUACUGUCUGAGUUUUUCAGAAAUGUUUCCUGUAGGCAAACAGCUACAGGAGUCUCAGAGUCCAUCAGUAGAUGCAUUUCCUCAAAACUUGAUACCUCUAAAAUUGCACUGCACAAUCCUGGAAUCCAUGGCUUAUUCAAAAUGGCCAACUUGAUUAGGCCUUGGAAGACCCUUGGAGGGGUUUUCCUCAGCGCCUUGUAGAUGAGAAAAGGGCUCAUCUUUGUCAGGCUUUUCCUCAGUGCACCUGACCACCACUUCUACAUCUGGGGCAAGUAGUUUUUUUUUUUUUUUAGGGGUGUUCGUUUUUACGAAGCUUAUAUCAACUCUGUCUGGUAAAAAAGUGUGUACACAUUAUUUCUCCCACACCGAUUCUAGGAUCAAGAUGAAACUUCAGACAAUUAUUCAUUGGCAUAGACAAGACAUGAAUCAAUUUUAAACAAAGUAACAAAUUAGACAAUUACUGGUAAUUCAUUAUUUUGUUGAAUAACAAGGGAAACUAAUAAUUCAGUAUUCACAUAUAUGGCUAAAUGUGUUGGGUUUAGUCCCAUUUAAUCUAUUCCUCCCUCACGCAUUCUCCGAACAGGUUGAUACUUAAAACAAUUAUUUAUUGUACCUAAUAAAACAUGAAUCAAUAAAAAAAAUACUCAAUUAGUCAA